AUGGCUCCCAUAAGUUUCACAGAGACAGAAUUAGAAUCUCCUAUGCACACUAAGGAGUGGAUUGAAAACAGUACCAUAUCACUUACCCAUCGGGCUAAAGAAAGCAAUAAAAAUGAAUGCAGCGGCACGGGACUCCACAUUGAUAACUAUGAUAAAAUGUUGCGGCCUGAACCAAGUUUCUUAAAACCCAUACGAAGAUUGGAAAAACAAAUGGGAUUUGUGACGCCUUUACGAUGGACAAAUAUAAUAGCUAUAUUUGGGAUCCAUAUUCUUGCAGUUACUUGGGGAAUACAUUUUAUGGCUGUCGGUAAUACUGUAAAGCUGUCAACUGUGUUAUUCGGCUAUUUCAUGGGUCAAGUAUCUGGAUUUGGAGUAACUGGAGGAGUUCAUCGUCUGUGGUGUCAUCGAUCGUACAAGGCAACACUGCCCCUUCAGUGGAUUCUUAUCAUAUGCUACUCGGUCGCUGGUCAGAAUACCAUUUACGAAUGGGUGCGAGAUCACAGGGUACAUCACAAAUAUUCGGAGACGACGGCUGAUCCGCAUAACGCCAACCGCGGAUUCUUCUUCUCUCACGUUGGAUGGCUCAUGAUGAAGAAACACCCUGACGUAGUUGAUAAAGGAUCUAAAAUGGAUCUCAGUGACAUCGAGAACGAUCCUGUGAUUCAAUUCCAUACUAAGUAUUUCUGGUUCUUUAAAGUGGCCUGCUGCUGGGUUUUACCGACGUUGAUCGUCGCCACCUGGGACACCUGGGAAUUAGCUUUUAUGUCUCAAUGUGUCAUACGCUACGUUUUGAGUCUCAACUUUACAUGGUCUGUCAACAGCUUUGCACAUCUCUGGGGCAAUAAACCAUAUGACAAAAAUAUAAUGCCCUCAGAAAACUGGGGCGUGUCCGCCGUUGCUAUGGGUGAAGGCUGGCACAAUUAUCACCAUACGUUCCCGUGGGAUUAUAAAGCAGCUGAAUUAGGAGUGUCUUUGAACAUCACAUCAUCAUUAAUAAAUGGUUUCGCAAAGAUCGGAUGGGCAUACGAUUUAAAAGAAGCCUCGCCAGCACUCGUCCAAGCUGUGGCAAAAGCGCGGGGUGAUCCUGAACAUCAUCUUUAG